AUGCCUGCAGAACAAGAAGGCGCCGCUGUGCCCCCACAGGCAAAGAGCUCCUGGUCGAGCUUCCUCAGAUCGAUUGCUUCAUUCAAUGGCGACCUCUCGACUAUGACGGCACCGGCCUUUAUCCUCUCCACAAAGUCGCUCACCGAGUUUUCUUCCUACUGGACCGAGCACCCCUCUGUGUUUGUGGCGCCCGCCGCAGAGAAGGACCCUGCAAAGCGAUCCAUGCUCGUCUUGAAGUGGUUCUUGAGCACACUCAAGCCGCAAUAUGCCAGUCGGAGUGAGAAGCUAGGUAGCGAAAAGAAGCCUCUGAACCCCUUCCUUGGCGAAUUGUUCUUGGGCAAGUGGGAGGAUGAGGCUGGUACCACACAACUCGUUAGCGAGCAAGUCAGCCAUCAUCCUCCCGUUACUGCUUACUCCAUCUGGAAUGACCAGCACGGCGUUCGAUUGGAGGGCUACAAUGCCCAGAAGGCGUCCUUCAAGACCACCAUCAACGUCAAGCAAAUCGGCCAUGCCAUGCUCCACCUAGACGCGUUUGACGAAACCUACCUCAUCACCCUGCCCUCUCUCCAUAUCGAAGGCCUCAUUACAGGCUCACCCUUUGUUGAGCUCAACAGCAGUACCUACAUUCAAUCCUCCACCGGCUUCACAUCACGCAUCGACUAUAGUGGCAAGGGCUGGGUAUCGGGCAAGAAGAACACGUUCUCUGCCGUCAUGUAUCCCGACGGCAAGGAGAAGGAGGCCAUUUACAAGGCUGAAGGACAAUGGAGUAGCUGCUUCCAAAUCAAAGAUGCAAAGACCAAGGCAGUCGUCGACACUUUCGACCACAAGACUGUCAAUACAACACCUCUUACAGUGGCGCCAAUUGAGGAACAAGAUCACUUUGAGACUCGGCGCGCAUGGAAGAAGGUCUCUGACGCUAUUGUAAAGGGCGACAUGGACCUCACGUCUGCCGAGAAGACGAUCAUCGAAAACCGCCAACGCGAGAUGCGAAAAGAGGAAAAGGAUGCGGGUACAGAGUGGAAUCGCGCUUUCUUCACCCGUACAGACGAGCACCCGCUAUUUGAGCAAUUGGCUUCUAAGGUCGGUGAACUGAUCAACGACACUCAGACUAACGGUAUAUGGGUGUUUGAUCAGCAAAAGGCGAAGACUGCCACUUCGCCAUACCACCCGGACGUUGUACCGCCCAUUUACGAAAGGAAGUGA